AUGCUCUUGGUGGACCGUGUGGGUGGCAAUGGGGUCCGCAAGAAAGGUAUGGCUCUGUCGGAGGUUGACUCUAAACAAGCCCCCAGCCAGGACGAGAAUGUGGAGACG